AUGCAAUCAGAGUUAUCUCCCUUGUGCAUCAUUCAGCACCGUUUUCUUCAGUUCAACGAGUGCAAUUUAGAACCGGUACGUCUCGCUUUUUUUCUGAUUUUUGAAGCAGGUGGUUUCUUCCUUUGUCCAGAUGGAAGAGACAAGUAUUUGCAACAUUUGGCUAAAAAUCAUGAAGCCAUGUUUUGUGUCGAGCCACUCAAAUGGUGUGUCCACCUGGAAGGAUCUGUAAAGUCCGUUCCUGACGGUGGACUUGAUACAUCCCACCCUUGUGAGACAUGUGGGGAUACAACAGAGAAUUGGGUGUGUCUUACUUGCUAUAAGGUCUUCUGCAGUCGAUAUGUGCAUGAACAUAUGGUAGAACACAAUAAAACAGAACCUGAUCAUAAUCUGGCCCUCAGCUAUUCGGACAUGUCUAUCUGGUGUUAUUCAUGCAGUCAGUAUUUAGAUAAUCCGAUUCUGCAUUCAGCCCGAGACGCUGCCUGUAAACACAAAUUUGGAGAGUGA